AUGACAGAGGGGGCAGCGCGUUUAUCGCGUGACAAAUGUGAUAUUGCAAUAAAUUGGGCUGGUGGUUUACACCACGCCAAAAAAGGCGAAGCCAGUGGGUUUUGCUACAUCAAUGACAUUGUUCUGGGUAUUCUGGAACUUCUUCGGUACCAUGCGCGGGUUUUGUAUAUUGACAUCGAUGUGCAUCAUGGAGAUGGCGUAGAAGAGGCAUUCUAUACUACAGAUCGUGUGAUGACGUGCUCGUUUCACAAGUACGGCGAGUUUUUCCCUGGAACGGGCGAGCUUCGGGACAUUGGAUGCGGUAAGGGUAAGCAUUAUGCAUGCAAUGUUCCACUGCGCGAUGGGAUUACCGAUGAGUCGUACCAAAGUGUGUUCCGGCCAGUAAUCCAGCGCAUUAUGGAGAUCUACCAGCCAUCGGCCGUUGUUCUGCAAUGCGGUUCAGAUUCGCUAGCAGGUGAUAAGCUCGGCUGUUUCAAUUUGAGCAUGCGUGGACAUGCGAGCUGUGUCGAGUUUGUCAAGAGCUUUGGACUGCCACUAUUGUUGCUAGGUGGUGGCGGUUACACGAUGCGAAAUGUGAGUCGAGCGUGGGCGUAUGAGACUGGCUUAGCCUCUGGCUAUCAACUGAGCUCAGAGCUGCCUGUGAAUGAGUAUUACGAGUACUUCGGGCCUGAGUACCGCUUGGAUGUAGUGCCAAGCAACAUGGAGAAUCUCAAUACGCGUGAAUACCUAGAAAAGGUCAAAGAGCAGGUAUUUGAAAAUCUGCGUCACAUUGCACCAGCACCCUCUGUUCAAGGUCACGUUGAGCCGCGCCUAGCGCAUGAUAUGGCUCUGGAUGAUAUGGGUGCACAUGAUGAUGCGGCGAAUCCUGACAUACGCACAACUCAAGACCAAAAGGACCGACGGAUCCAACGCGAGACGGAACUUGACGACUCGGACGACGAAGGCGAAGGUGAUCGACGUGACCGACGGUCUUGGAAAGACGAGAAUGACAUGGAUAUUGUGGACGAACCAGCCACAACAUCAGCGACAUCAGCAACACUACCAUGUGGUCCUUCAACGGGAAUGCCUCCUGCACCGGUAACUUUGCAGCAACCAUCGACGAGCAAAAUGGAGUCAGAACCUGCACAAAUGUCUCCAGUCAUGUCUGGAUCUACAGCAACGGCAGCCCCUGACCAGGCACCAUCAGUCUCUCAUGCGUCCUCUCCCGAUUCUUCAGUACAGGGCAUUGCUGCUCCCUCUGCAUCUACCCGCGGCGCCUAUCCUACACCUGAUAUGACCAACGAUGCUUCGGCACAAGCAGUCGAUGGCAAGCGGUCACCAAAAAACUAG